AUGGGAGACACACCUGCUACAGACAAGAGAUACAAGUUUCUUGAAGAAUAUGUUUUAACAACUAUGAAACUGAAACCUGACCGGUGGCUGAAAUGUGUGACAAAUGAUGAAUACAGACAAAUCAUACAGGACUUUUUCGAUCGCUCUGACCAAACUGCGCUUGUUGUGUCGUUAAAUGCAGCAGGGCAAUUGCUACCUUCAUUCGGGUUUCCAGAAAGCUCUAAAAACAAAGCCGUCUAUUUCGUGAAACGUGGCAAAGAUGCGCUCACUCCAGAUUCGAUUAAAAGUAAUUUGUGUUAUGGAGACUUAUCAUAUUCCCCAUUGGAUCAGUUUUCAGCGCUUGUGGAAGAGGUUGUGGUGCCAGUCCUGGCCAAUAACAGUAACCACUGUGAAUGGCCGCAUGUUGUGUCACAAGACAUAAAGCAACACGUCCAUUCUCUGAAGACCAAUGUGUUUGUGGUGGCUGGACAAGUCAAAGGCAAGACUCUCCUCCCGCUGCCUGCAGGAUCAGAGAGAGUGGAGCAAGCAGCUCUGGAGAGGGACAAGAGUGGAGACAUAGUGGACAAAAGCAUCAUCCACUCCAUUGAGUCUGUCGUGAUUGAGUGGAGCCACCAGAUUCGUGAGGUACUGAAGAAGGAUUCAUCUGAGCCACUGCUGGAAGGAAAGAGCCCAGUCCCCCAUGUGGAACUGCUCUUUUGGAAAAACAGGUACGCUGACUUAGAAUGCAUUUACGGGCAGUUCAACUCAACAAAAGUUGGCAAAAUGUCAGAGCUUUUGGAAAAAAUGGAGAGCAGCUAUUACCCUGCAUUUCAAAACAUGUUCCAUGAUGUCCUGGCAGCACUGGAAGAGGCCAAAGACAUCAACAUCUACCUAAAGCCCCUCCAACGACUCUUUGAAAACCUGGAAACUGUGGAGUUUAACGAAGUCAAGAGUCAGAUUGGUCCCUUAAUGCAUAGUGUGUGUCUGACCUGGGCAAACUCCAAAUACUAUAACACCCCUGCCAGAAUCAUUGUACUGCUACAGGAGAUUUGCAACCUCCUCAUACAGCAGGCCCGAGCAUAUCUGAACCCAGAAGAUAUCCUUAAAGGGGAAAUUGAGGAGAGCCUGGCAAAGGUCCAGGCAACCCUGGAGGUUCUGAAUCACUUCAGGCACACCUACGACGAGGUGAAGGGAAAUCUCAGUCAAUACCAGAAGAACGGGCAGGAGCCGAGGACAUGGGACUUCUCCUCCACCAUGGUGUUCGCUGGAAUGGACUGCUUCACUGAAAGAGUGCAGAGCAUUGAGAAUCUGCUUCUGACAGCACUGGAUAUGAUGAAGCUGGAGAAAAUUGAGUUUGGAGGAAUUCGUGGAAAGAUGCUUAGUCAGCAGGUGCUGUGCAUGUAUGAGGAGUUUCUGGAAACUUUCAAAGUUUUUACAGAGAAGUCCUACGACAGCCUGGACACCACUAACGAGGAAUUCAAGACUGAUGUCUGUGAGUUUAAGUGCAAAGUGGAAGACAUGGAUCGGCGUCUGGGUGCAAUCUUUUGCCAGGCUUUUGACGAUGCUUCAGGGUUAGAGCAUGCAUUCAAACUGCUGGACAUGUUUGGAAGCCUUCUCGCUCGUCCCCUGAUUGCUGCUGAUGCUGAGGACCGAUAUCCUCUCCUCGUCAGCAUGUUUGACAGGGACCUGGACUGCUGCAAACUGCUGUACAACAGACAUGUGCAAAGAGAAGAAGAGCUAGGUUACACUCCUGUCAAUAAGAAUAUGCCUGCUGUCGCCGGGGGAUUGAGGUGGGCACAGCAAAUGCAGGAGCGAAUUCAAAAACCGUUUGGAAACUUCCGGAAUAUCACUCAUCCUUGUAUGGAGUCUGCUGAUGGGAAGAGAAUGAUCAAGAAAUUUGAAGAAAUGAUGGAUAUACUGGAAAGAUACUCACAGAAAUUAUAUGACAGCUGGACAGAAACAGUGGGAGAGAAGUCUCAGUACAACCUCAAUCAACCCCUCAUCUCUAGAGACCCUUCAACCAGGCUCAUCACUGUCAAUUUCAACCCCCAGUUAGUGUCAGUGCUGAGAGAGGUCAAGUACCUGGAUUCAAGGCAGACAGAGAAAAUACCAGAGACAGCAGGUGACAUAUACGCCACCAAAGAGUCCUUGCGGCAGUAUGUGGCCAACCUGGAUCUGACUGUUGGCUGGUACAACAAGGUUAUUCGCUCGGUGCUGGAAGUGGAGUUUCCCCUGGUGGAAGGUCAGCUGAGGGCCAUUGACACCCAGCUUAUGCAAGCAGAAGAGGCAGUCAACUGGAGGAGUGAUGGCAUCUGGGACUACAUCCAGCAAGUCCGGGAUGCAGUCCAUGACCUUGAGAGCCGCCUACAGAAGACCAAAGACAAUGUGGGCGAGAUACAAAACAUAAUGAAAACCUGGGUAUCUCCUCUCUUCGAGAGGAAGGAGGGAAAGAAAGACACCCUACUGAACCUGGACGACCGACCAGAUCGACUUGAGAAACGCUACAGUCAAAUUCGUGACUCAGGAAACAGGAUCCAUUCCUUACUAAAGGACAAUUUAGAACUUAUCAAAGCUGACCCUGCCUCAGAGGUGUGGAGAGCAUAUGUGGAGUAUGUGGAUGAAAUGGUCAUAGAUGGGUUCUUCAAUGCCAUUGAGUGUUCCCUAAAGUUCCUCUUGGAUAACACAGACCCCAAGGCUGGUUUGUCCGCUUUGUUUGAAGCUCAGUUAGAACUGCAGGUCCCAGACAUCGUCUUCCGGCCAUCACUGGAGUUUGGGGCCAGUGAUGGCUUUUACGAUUUGGUCGAAGGCAUCAUCAAUGAUAUCUACAGAAGUUCUUCCCUUAUGCCUCGAUUAGCUGAGCACAGCAGUUUCCCUCACUACCAGGCUGACAUGGAAGACAUGGCGGACCUGGCUGAUAUGCGGCAGCUCCUGAUGGACUGCACCCAACAGGCAAUGUCCAAAUGCUGCGAGUAUCGCAACACCUUUGAGCACUAUGCCUACCUGUACGUGGAUGACAGGAAGGAGUUCAUGCGGCAGUUUUUGCUGUACGGUCAUGUGCUCACUAGUGAGGAGAUCCAGGCUCAUGCCGAUGAAGGCGUCCCAGAGCACCCCCCCACAUUGGACAAGUUCAAGGAGCAGGUGGACUCUUAUGAGAAGAUCUACAACGAGGUCCACGCCAUUGAGCCCAUCAAUGUAUUUGAUGGCUGGAUGAGGGUGGACGCCCGGCCCUUUAAGAGCGCCCUGCUCAAUGUCAUCAAGAAGUGGAGCCUGAUGUUCAAGCAGCACCUUAUUGACCAUGUCACACACAGCUUGUCUGACCUGGAAGACUUCAUCAGAGUGGCUGAAGGGGAACUGAGCAGUACAGUGGAGGAGGGAAACUAUAGCAGCCUGGUUAGGAUUAUGGGACACCUGAUGGCUGUUAAAGAAAGACAGACCAACACAGAUAAAAUGUUUGAGCCUCUGAAGCACACUAUAGAGCUGCUUAAGACUUAUGAGCAGGAGCUACCAGAGGAGGUGUACAAACAGCUUGAGGAGCUCCCAGAGAAGUGGACCCAUGUGAAGAAGCAGGCCAUCACUGUCAAGCAGCAGGUGGCCCCCCUGCAGGCCAAUGAAGUGGCUUGCCUCCGCAGGAAGUGUGCCUCCUUUGAUGUGGAGCAACAUUCCUUCAGAGAACGCUUCCGUAAGGAAGGGCCAUUCAGGUUUGAAAGUGAACACCCAUACCAAAUGCUGGACACAGCCCAUAGGCAGAUUCUGGAGAAGGAGUCGACCAUGGCGGGCAUCACUGAGUCCGCAGGACUAUUCGAGGUGAACAUCCCCGACUACAAGCAGCUGAAGCAGUGCCGCAAGGAGGUGUUCAUCCUGAAGGAGCUGUGGGACAUGAUCACCGUGGUGGACUCCAGCAUGAAGGACUGGAAGACCACCAAGUGGCUGGAGAUCGACGUGGAUAACAUGGAGAUGGAAUGCAAGCACUUUUCCAAAGACAUUCGGGGGCUGGACAAGGAGUCUCGGGCCUGGGACGCCUUCUCAGGGCUGGACAGCACAGUGAAGAACAUACUAACCUCCCUGAGAGCCGUGGCAGAGCUGCAGAACCCAGCCAUCCGGGAGAGGCAUUGGCACCAGCUGAUGCAGGCCACGGGGGUUCACUUCACCAUGAACGAUGACACCACUCUGGCUGACCUGCUGAAGCUGAACCUGCACAACUUUGAAGAUGACGUGCGGGGGAUCGUGGACAAGGCUGUGAAGGAGCUGGGCAUGGAAAAGGUCCUGACGGAACUGAACACCAUCUGGACAGGCAUGGAGUUUCAGUACGAGCCACACCACCGCACACAGGUGCCCCUGCUCAGGUCCAAUGAAGAGUUAAUUGAGACUCUUGAGGACAACCAGGUGCAACUGCAGAACCUCAUGUCCUCCAAGUACAUUGCUUUCUUCCUGGAGGAAGUCUCGACCUGGCAGAAGAAGUUGUCCGUAGCUGACUCCGUCAUCUCAAUUUGGUUUGAGGUGCAGAGAACAUGGUCUCACCUGGAGAGCAUCUUUAUUGGCUCAGAGGACAUCCGUUCUCAACUUCCUGAGGAUUCAAAACGCUUUGAAGGCAUCGAUACAGAUUUCAAGGAACUGGCUAACGAUGCGAAGAAGACACCAAAUGUUGUGGAAGCCACCAAUAAAAAUGGGCUUUACAAUAAAUUAGAGGAUAUUCAAAGCAGGCUUUCUCUGUGUGAGAAGGCCCUGGCAGAGUAUCUUGACACCAAGCGACUAGCCUUUCCCAGAUUCUAUUUCAUCUCCUCUGCUGAUCUGUUGGAUAUCCUUUCUAAUGGCACGGACCCUCACCAGGUUCAGCACCAUCUUUCCAAGCUUUUUGACAACACAGCAAAGAUGAAGUUUGAGACGGAUUCAGGUGGCACGCCAACUAAGAUUGGCCUUGGAAUGUACAGUAAAGAGGAUGAAUAUGUGGACUUUAAUGAGCCAUGUGACUGCACUGGUCAGGUUGAGGCAUGGUUAAAUCGGGUGCUGGACACAAUGAGGUCCACAGUUCGUCAUGAGAUGACCGAGGCUGUGACAGCGUAUGAAGAGAAACCCAGAGAACAGUGGCUGUUUGAUUAUCCCGCACAGGUGGCUCUGACAUGCACCCAGAUUUGGUGGACCACGGAGGUGGGAAUUGCUUUCUCCCGUCUAGAAGAGGGUUAUGAAAAUGCCAUCAAGGAGUACUACAAGAAACAAGUCAGCCAGCUAAACACCCUCAUAAACAUGCUGAUUGGCCAGCUGUCCACAGGAGACAGACAGAAGGUUAUGACCAUCUGCACCAUAGAUGUCCACGCUAGGGACGUGGUGGCCAAAAUCAUCUCUCAGAAGGUGGAAAACUCACAGGCUUUCGUGUGGCUGUCUCAACUGCGGCACCGUUGGGACGAAGACAAGAAGCACUGCUUCGCCAAUAUUUGUGAUGCCCAGUUUCUGUACUCAUAUGAGUACCUGGGAAAUACUCCCCGCUUGGUCAUCACUCCGUUGACAGACAGAUGCUACAUCACUCUGACCCAGUCCCUGCAUCUGACGAUGAGUGGGGCUCCAGCUGGCCCAGCCGGCACAGGGAAGACGGAAACCACCAAGGACCUGGGCAGAGCCCUGGGAAUCAUGGUCUAUGUCUUCAACUGCUCUGAGCAGAUGGACUACAAGUCGUGUGGAAACAUCUACAAAGGCCUAGCGCAAACCGGAGCUUGGGGAUGCUUUGAUGAGUUCAACAGAAUCUCAGUGGAGGUUCUCUCGGUGGUUGCUGUACAGGUUAAAAGCAUUCAGGAUGCCAUAAGAGAUAAGAAGAAGAGGUUUAACUUCAUGGGAGAAGAGGUCAACCUCUUCCCCUCUGUGGGGAUUUUCAUUACCAUGAACCCUGGAUAUGCAGGGAGGACAGAAUUGCCGGAGAAUCUAAAAGCACUCUUUCGACCCUGUGCAAUGGUGGUGCCAGACUUUGAGCUAAUCUGUGAGAUCAUGCUGGUUGCUGAAGGCUUCAUUGAAGCCAGACUUCUGGCCAGGAAGUUCAUCACCCUGUACCAACUCUGCAAAGAGCUUCUGUCUAAACAGGACCACUAUGACUGGGGCUUGCGUGCUAUCAAGUCUGUGUUGGUUGUGGCAGGGUCCCUAAAGAGAGGAGACCCAGAUAGACCAGAGGAUCAGGUGCUAAUGAGGGCUCUGCGAGAUUUCAACAUCCCUAAAAUCGUUACAGACGACAUGCCCGUCUUCAUGGGCCUCAUUAUAGACCUAUUCCCCGCUCUGGAUGUUCCACGCAAGAGAAACCUGGAUUUUGAGAAGUUUGUCAAGCAGUCUGUCCUAGACCUGAAGCUGCAGGCUGAAGAUAACUUCAUCCUGAAGGUCGUUCAGCUGGAAGAGCUUCUCGCCGUGAGGCACUCUGUGUUUGUGGUGGGAAAUGCUGGCACAGGAAAGUCUCAGGUGAUGAAAUCCCUGAACAAAACCUAUCUGAACAUGAAGCGCCGGGCCGUGUGGACCGACCUAAACCCGAAGGCAGUUACCAAUGAUGAACUCUUUGGGAUCAUCAACCCUGCCACCCGCGAGUGGAAAGAUGGGCUCUUCUCCUGUAUCAUGCGUGAGCUGGCCAACGUCAGCCACGAUGGCCCAAAGUGGAUUGUGUUGGAUGGAGAUAUUGACCCAAUGUGGAUUGAAUCUCUGAACACAGUCAUGGAUGACAACAAGGUGCUAACCCUAGCCAGCAAUGAGAGGAUUCCUCUGAACCCAACCAUGAGGCUAGUGUUUGAGAUCAGCCACUUGCGCACUGCAACCCCAGCCACUGUGUCUCGAGCUGGAAUCCUGUACAUUAACCCAGCAGACCUGGGCUGGAACCCACCUGUGUCCAGCUGGAUAGACAAAAGAGAGGUCCAGGCAGAGAAAGCAAAUUUGACCAUUUUGUUUGACAAGUACCUUCCCAUUUGCCUUGAUACCCUCAGAUCAAGGUUCAAAAAGAUCAUCCCAGUGCCUGAGCAAAGCAUGGUUCAGAUGCUGUGUCAUCUUCUUGAGUGUCUCCUUACACCCGAGCACACACCACCGGACUGUCCCAAGGAGUUGUAUGAGCUCUACUUUGUCUUUGCUGCCAUCUGGGCAUUUGGUGGAGCCAUGUUCCAGGACCAGCUGGUGGACUACAGAGUUGAAUUCAGUAAAUGGUGGGUGACUGAAUUCAAAACAAUUAAGUUCCCAUCUCAAGGCUCAGUGUUUGACUACUACAUUGACCCUGAGACAAAGAAAUUUGAACCAUGGUCAAAAAUGGUUCCCAAAUUCGAAUUUGAUCCAGAUAUACCUCUACAGGCCUGUCUGGUGCACACCACUGAGACCAUCCGAGUGCGCUACUUCAUGGACCGCCUGCUAGAGAGGAAGCGGCCAGUCAUGCUUGUGGGAAAUGCAGGCACUGGGAAAUCAGUUCUUGUCGGUGAUAAACUGGGCUCCCUUGAUCCAGAGAAAUACUUAAUCAAGAAUGUGCCUUUUAACUACUACACCACAUCUGCUAUGCUGCAGGCUAUUCUAGAGAAACCUUUGGAGAAGAAAGCUGGGAGGAACUAUGGCCCCCCUGGAAGCAAGAAGCUUGUGUACUUCAUAGAUGACAUGAACAUGCCAGAGGUGGAUGCAUACGGGACCGUGCAGCCACACACACUCAUCCGCCAGCACAUUGAUUACAACCACUGGUACGACAGGAGCAAGCUGUUGCUGAAGGAAAUCCACAACGUGCAGUAUGUGUCCUGCAUGAAUCCCACAGCGGGCAGCUUCACCAUCAACCCACGGCUGCAGCGGCACUUCUGCGUGUUUGCACUCUCCUUCCCUGGGAUGGACGCCCUGAGCACCAUCUACAGCAGCAUUCUGAGCCAGCACUUGAAGGGUGAUGGCUUCGGAGCUGUCCUGCAGAAGAGCUGCCCUCAGCUCAUCCAGUUGGCCUUGGGCCUGCACCAACGCGUGUCCUCCGGGUUCCUGCCUACCGCCAUCAAGUUCCACUACAUCUUCAACCUCCGCGACUUCUCCAACAUAUUCCAGGGCAUUCUGUUUUCCACAAGUGACUGCUUGAAAAGUCCCCAAGACCUGGUGAAAAUCUACCUUCAUGAGUCUAACAGAGUUUACAGAGACAAAAUGGUGGACAAAAAGGAUUUUGAGGCCUUUGAUAAGAUGCAGUCUGAUACAGUAAAAAAGUUUUAUGAGGAUAUAGAUGAAACCCUUGAAGAGACGAGAGUCAUGAAUAUGUACUUCCACUUUGCCUCUGGCAUGGGAGAGCCCAAGUACAUGCCAAUACAAUCAUGGGAGAGCCUCAAUAAGACCCUUCUGGAAGCCCUUGACAACUACAAUGAAGUCAAUGCUGCUAUGAACCUCGUACUCUUUGAGGAUGCCAUGUGUCAUAUCUGUCGCAUCAACCGCAUCCUGGAGUCUCCCAGAGGGAAUGCUCUGCUCGUAGGAGUGGGUGGCAGCGGUAAACAGAGCCUGACGCGGCUUGCAGCAUUCAUAAGCUCUUUGGAAGUGUUUCAGAUUACCCUGAAGAAAGGAUAUGGCAUCGUUGACCUUAAGAAUGAUUUGGCAGCACUGUACAUCAAAGCUGGGGUGAAGAAUAUUGGAACUGUGUUCAUGAUGACUGAUGCCCAGGUUGCAGAUGAAAAAUUCCUUGUUCUUGUCAAUGAUCUCUUGGCUUCAGGUGAAAUCCCAGAUUUGUUUCCUGAUGAUGAAGUGGAAAAUAUCAUAGGAGGUGUGAGAAAUGAGGUCAAAGGCCUCGGACUGAUGGACACUCGAGAAAACUGCUGGAAGUUCUUCAUUGAUCGUGUGCGCAGGCAGCUCAAGGUGGCCCUCUGUUUCUCCCCUGUGGGUAACAAGCUGAGGGUACGCAGCAGGAAGUUCCCAGCUGUAGUCAAUUGCACGGCCAUUGACUGGUUCCACGAGUGGCCCCAGGAGGCCCUUGAAUCGGUCAGCUUGCGCUUCCUCCAGGAGGUGGAGAACAUUGAGCCAGAGGUAAAGGACUCAAUCAGCAAGUUCAUGGCUUAUGUUCAUACAAGCGUGAAUGACAGCUCAAAAGCCUACUUGGCCAAUGACCGUCGGUACAAUUACACCACACCCAAGUCCUUUCUGGAGCAGAUCAAACUAUAUCAGAACCUGCUUGCCUUGAAAAGGAAAGACCUUACCAGCAAGAUGGAACGACUGGAGAAUGGCCUGGAGAAGCUCAACAGCACUUCUGCUCAGGUGGAUGACCUUAAGGCCAAGCUUGCUGCCCAGGAAGUGGAGUUGAAGCAGAAGAAUGAGGAUGCAGACAAGCUGAUCCAGGUGGUGGGGGUGGAGACGGAGAAGGUGAGCAAGGAGAAAGCGGUGGCCGAUGAGGAGGAGCAGAAGGUGGCACAGAUCGCUGUGGUGGUGAGCAAGCAGCAGCGGGAUUGUGAGGAGGACCUGGCCAAAGCGGAGCCAGCCCUUAUUGCUGCACAGGAGGCUCUCAACACUUUGAACAAGAACAACUUGACAGAGUUGAAGUCGUUCGGCUCCCCCGUGACCGCGGUCACCAAUGUGACAGCUGCUGUCAUGGUGCUGAUGGCCCCCGGGGGCCGGGUCCCCAAGGACCGCAGCUGGAAGGCGGCCAAGGCCAUGAUGGCCAAGGUUGACGGCUUCCUGGACGCCUUGGUCAACUUUAAAAAAGAGAACAUCCAUGAAAACUGCUUGAAAGCCAUUCAGCCGUACCUGCAGGAUCCAGAGUUUCGUCAGGAGCUUGUGGCCUCCAAGUCCUUUGCAGCUGCAGGUCUCUGCUCUUGGGUUAUCAACAUUGUAAGGUUUUAUGAGGUGUACUGUGAAGUGGAGCCCAAGAGACAGGCCCUCAGCAAAGCCAAUGCAGAACUGGCUGCUGCCCAGGACAAGCUGGCUACUAUCAAGGCUAAAAUCAAUCACCUUAAUGAGAACUUGGCGAAGCUGACAGCGAAGUUUGAGAAAGCCACGGCUGACAAACUCAAAUGCCAGCAGGAGGCUGAAUCCACUGCACUCACCAUCUCUCUUGCCAACCGUCUGGUGGGGGGGCUUGCAUCAGAGAAUGUUCGCUGGGCUGAAGCAGUCCGAAAUUUCAAGAUUCAGGAGAGUACACUGUGUGGGGACGUACUAUUGAUCACAGCCUUUGUGUCUUACCUGGGCUACUUCACCAAACGCUAUCGCGUUGAGCUGAUGGACAAAACCUGGAGGCCUUAUCUAAGCCAGCUCAAGGUUUCGAUUCCGGUCACUCCAGAAUUGGACCCGUUGACGAUGCUAAUGGACGAUGCUGACAUAGCGGCUUGGCAGAACGAGGGGCUGCCCGCAGAUAGGAUGUCCACGGAGAACGCCACCAUCCUCACCAGCUGUGAGCGCUGGCCACUCAUGGUCGACCCCCAGCUCCAGGGCAUCAAAUGGAUCAAGAACAAGUAUGGAGAGAACCUCAGGGUCAUCCGGAUUGGUCAGAGAGGAUAUCUGGAUUCUGUGGAGAGAGCAUUGUCUGCUGGUGACGCAGUUUUGAUUGAAAAUUUGGAAGAGAUGGUUGAUCCAGUGCUGGGACCCUUACUCGGUCGAGAAACUAUCAAAAAGGGGAGGUACAUUAAAAUUGGAGAUAAGGAAUGUGAAUACAGCCCCAAUUUCCGUCUGAUCCUUCACACCAAACUGGCGAAUCCUCACUACCAGCCCGAGAUGCAGGCACAGUGCACCUUGAUUAAUUUCACAGUGACCCGGGACGGCCUGGAGGAUCAGCUCCUGGCUGCUGUCGUUAACAUGGAAAGACCAGACUUGGAGGAGCUCAAGUCUAGCCUCACAAAGCAGCAGAAUGGCUUCAAGAUUACCCUGAAAACUUUGGAGGACAACCUCCUAUCCCGCCUGUCUUCUGCCUCUGGAAACUUCCUUGGGGACACAGAGCUUGUGGAAAACCUAGAGACAACGAAACGAACUGCUGCAGAAAUUGAGGAGAAGGUAAAAGAAGCCAAGGUGACUGAAGCCAAAAUCAAUGAAGCCAGGGAGCAUUACCGGCUUGCUGCAGCCAGGGCAUCCCUACUCUACUUCAUAAUGAACGACCUCAAUAAAAUCCACCCUAUGUAUCAGUUCUCUUUGAAGGCCUUUAGCGUGGUCUUCCAGAGCGCUGUGCUGAAGGCACCUCCUGAUGAAACCCUCAAGCAGCGGGUCUCCAAUCUCAUCGACAACAUCACGUCGUCUGUCUUCCAGUACACAACGCGCGGCCUCUUUGAGUGCGAUAAACUCACGUACACCGCCCAGCUCGCCUUCCAGAUUUUGCUGAUGAAUAAAGAGAUCAACCCAACAGAACUGGAUUUCCUUCUGAGGUACCCUGCUCAGCCUGGCCUGUCCUCACCUGUUGACUUCCUGUCCAGUCAGUCCUGGGGUGGCAUCAAGGCACUGUGCGCCAUGGAUGAGUUCCGGAAUCUGGACCGCGAUAUUGAGGGGUCGGCCAAGCGUUGGAAGAAGUUUGUGGAGUCUGAGUGUCCGGAGAAGGAGAAGUUCCCCCAGGAGUGGAAGAACAAGACGGCUCUUCAGAGGCUGUGCAUGAUGAGGGCCUUGAGACCUGACCGCAUGACCUACGCUGUGAGGGAUUUUGUGGAGGAGAAACUGGGAAGUAAAUACGUUGUGGUCAGAUCUCUGGACUUUGCAAUUUCCUUUGAAGAAUCUGGGGCAGCAACUCCCAUGUUCUUUAUCCUGUCUCCUGGUGUGGACCCUCUUAAGGAUGUGGAGAAACAUGGAAGAAAACUGGGCUAUACCUUUGACAACAAAAACUUCCACAACGUGUCCCUGGGGCAAGGGCAGGAAGUGGUGGCCGAGCAGGCGUUGGAUCUGGCAGCGAGAGAGGGGCACUGGGUCAUAUUGCAGAACAUCCAUCUGGUGUCCAAAUGGCUGAGUACGCUGGAGAAGAAGCUGGAGCAGCACAGUGAGGGCAGUAACCAGGAGUUCCGCGUUUUCGUGAGCGCUGAGCCGUCAGGCUCCCCGGAGGGACACAUCAUCCCCCAGGGCAUCCUGGAGAACUCCAUCAAGAUCACCAACGAGCCACCCACGGGCAUGCACGCCAACCUUCACAAGGCUCUGGACAACUUCAACCAGGACACACUGGAGAUGUGCGCACGGGAGAAUGAGUUCAAAAGCAUUCUGUUCGCCUUGUGCUACUUUCAUGCGGUGGUGGCAGAGAGGCGAAAGUUCGGUCCGCAGGGCUGGAAUCGAAGCUAUCCCUUCAAUACAGGAGACCUCACCAUCUCUGUGAAUGUUCUGUACAACUACCUAGAGGCCAAUGCCAAGGUGCCGUACGAUGACCUGCGCUAUCUUUUUGGAGAGAUCAUGUAUGGAGGUCACAUCACGGAUGACUGGGACAGAAGAUUGUGCAGGACCUACUUGGAGGAGUUCAUCAAGCCAGAGAUGAUGGAAGGAGAACUCUGCCUGGCCCCUGGCUUCCCCUUGCCUGGAAAUAUGGACUACAACAGUUACCACCAGUACAUCGAUGCCACUCUCCCUGCGGAAUCGCCCUAUCUGUACGGGCUGCACCCCAAUGCCGAGAUUGGGUUCCUCACGCAGACGUCGGAGAAGCUGUUCCGCACGGUGCUGGAGAUGCAGCCCAGGGACAGCAGUGCUGGAGAAGGCGGCGGUACCACCCGGGAGGAGAAGGUGAAAUCAGUUCUGGAUGAGAUCAUGGAGAAACUACCAGAGGACUUCAACAUCGUAGAGCUCAUGAGCAAAGUGGAGGAGCGGACCCCCUAUAUCGUGGUCGCCUUCCAGGAGUGUGAGCGCAUGAACAUGCUGACCCAGGAGAUAAAACGCUCUCUCAAAGAACUCAACCUGGGCCUGAAGGGAGAGCUCACGAUGACAAGUGAGAUGGAAAACCUGCAGAACUCCAUUUUCCUCGACCUAGUACCCGAGUCGUGGACCAAGCGGGCCUACCCAUCGAUGGCAGGGCUGGCGGCCUGGUUCGUGGACCUCCUCAACCGCAUCAAAGAGCUGGAGACGUGGACGUCGGACUUCUCCCUGCCCUCCGCAGUGUGGCUGGCGGGCUUCUUCAACCCCCAGUCCUUCUUGACGGCCAUCAUGCAGUCCAUGGCCAGGAGGAACGAAUGGCCGCUGGACAAGAUGACGCUGCAGUGCGACGUGACCAAGAAGAACCGCGAGGACUUCAGCAGCCCCCCCAGAGAGGGCGCCUAUGUCCACGGCCUGUUCAUGGAGGGAGCACGCUGGGACACGCAGGCUGGGAUAAUUGCGGAGUCCCGAUUGAAAGAAUUAACACCUUCUGUGCCUGUCAUCUUUAUCAAAGCCAUCCCUGUUGACAAGCAGGAGACUCGAAACGUGUACCAAUGCCCUGUUUACAAAACCAGGCAGAGAGGACCCACUUACGUGUGGACCUUCAACCUGAAGACCAAAGAGAACCCGUCCAAGUGGACCUUGGCAGGUGUUGCUCUGCUACUUCAGAUAUGAAAUAAUAUUUCAUGUUAUUCAUAUUCAUAUCAAGAACUAGAAAUGUAUAUCGAUGCUCAGUAUGCCUUGUUGUUGUAUGCGUUUAUAUCCUACAAUCAAAUUCAUACAGAUUAACUUGUUUCCAUAAAAGUGUGUUCCAUUAUAUUAAUAGCAUGAGCAGGAAUCUGUUAUCUUUGGUAUCUAUGUUAUUUCUUUCCUUGUUAAAUGAACAUUAAUUAAAUUUUUCAUUUAAAA